GCGGAUUUUCAGUUUGCCUUCGGCGGAAACUACUUUCAGACUGUUGGCAACACUGUCUGUCUAAGCAGUGACAGAAUGAAAAUGUUAAUCAAAUUGAUUGUCGCAUAUUCAAUCAAUUUAUUAAUUUUUGCUGAAUAGAAAUUAUGAAAACGAAACCAUUAACUUGUAAAUAGCAUCAGACUGUAAACAAAAAUCGACAAAAAUGGAUUUACAUCAGCCGGUUAACAUAAACAACAGGACCAUGGAUGAACUAACACCAGAGGAAAAAUGGAGACUGGAACAUCAGAAAUUACAUGAACAGCACAAGGGACAUGAAAAAAUGCAUGCUGAGAUGGUUAUAAUUCUUAUAGUAACACUAUUUGUUGCCCAAUUUGUUUUAAUUGAGUGGAAAAAAAGAUUCUACAAGUCUUAUUUAAUAGUAACUUUGCUGGGUAUGUGGAUUAUUCCAUUGGGUUUAAGUUUAAAAAGCCAUUGGUGGCGAUUUAUUUUCAUAUGGUUGCUGUUUUCUUGCAUAACAGGGCUUAUAGUUUUUAAAUCUUUGCAAAAACCCAUUGAUAGAGUUACUCCAAGAUUUGUUUAUAAAUGGUUUCUCUUAGUUUACAAAGGCAGUUAUGUGCUUGGAAUACUUGGAUAUUCCAUAAUGAUGGCUGCCUUUUUUGGCCUAAAUUUGUUAUUUAAUGCUAAAAUCAACACUUGGAUGGAUUGUGGACUAUUAUUUAUAUUUUAUGGACUCUAUCUUGGUGUUUUGGGCAGAGAUAUAUCGGAAAUUUGUGCCGACAGAAUGGCUGCACAAAUAGGAUAUUACGCCCCUCAAGGCAUGCCGACAAGAAAUUUAGACCCCGGAGUUUGCGCAGUUUGUGGAAAUAAAUUAUUAGUUACAGAGGAUGAGGAAGGAAUCAUCGAAAAUACUUACAAACUAUCUUGUGAACAUGUUUUCCAUGAAUUUUGCAUAAGAGGCUGGUGCAUAGUGGGAAAAAAACAAACAUGUCCGUAUUGCAAAGAAAAAGUGGACCUGAAAAAAAUGUUCUGUAAUCCCUGGGAAAAACCGCACGUUCUUUUCGGCCAGCUGCUCGAUUGGAUAAGGUGGCUGGUUGCCUGGCAACCUAUGAUCCUAUUUUUAGUGCAAGGAAUCAACUGGUCAUUGGGUUUGGAGUGACACCAAUUUUUCAUCUAUUUAAUUCAAACCAAAGUGAUCCAAUUAUGUCCUUGUUAACAAUUUAACGAAUUUUUGUUGUGCUGUGAAAUGUUUUAGCUGACUGUAUUUUAAAUAAUAAAUUUAAUUAAUUUAUUAAUUUUUAUGUGGUACAUUUGAUGUUUUCACAUUUUCCAAAAAAUCUGUUGUGCUCUAUUUUGCCAGUACUUCUAAUUUACUAGUCUAUGUACAAAAAAUAAAAGAUUUACGGUCCAAA